AAAGAAACAUCUUUUUGAAACUUCUUGCAAUUAAUCGUCUGAUUGUAUUUGUAAUAUCACUCCACCAUGAACACUGGUGUGUAUACUCAAGAGAACGAGUGUGAAGACAGGACCAUACCGCCAUGGCUUUAUACAAACCACUGUGACAGAAAUAGAUGCCAAUCAGCUAUCUAACACGGACACCUCUAAUACCAUGGUGCAGUGUGUCAUUUUAGUUGAGGCUACAUUUCUGUUGUUUAUAGAAAUUAUUUUAUCACAUUUCUGACAGCAGUUAAAACACUUUAAAAUUUAAAGAGACUAUUAAUUAAAUUGUUAUUAAGGUUUCGCGUAAUUCCUGACUAACAUACUAACACGUUUUUAUCAUCAAAAUGUAUUUCACGAUGGCCAUGUUUUCCAGAACGCUAGCAAGUUACUACCGUUCCCAGGGCAACGUCUCGUAGCCAACGGCAACGGCUGCAGGAAGACGUUUGAACCAACCAAUAAACGCGAAGCAAGCGUGGCUUGGGAAGCAACAGGAGUAAUCAACGCGCAGUCUUUAGUAAACAUUGAAGCAACAGUAGGCUACGUUAGCUAACUUAAUAUUUUUUUCUGUAUAAUGUGGAUGAAAAAUUACUGUACGUAAGUUUCGUCAGCUAGUAAACAUCACAAAUCAAUGAGCGAAGCCUUCUGUGGACCAUCCAGGAUAACUUGGUAUCGAUACGCUAGUUAGCUAUUACAGCUUCAAAGCCAAACUGAUAGCAAGCAAGCUAAUGUUAAUUAGCUAGCUGAAGUUAGUUGUUGCAAAUAUAGCAACAUAUUAUGUAAUAGCUUGCAGGCUAGAUAUUUUAGCUCGUUUAUCAGUCGAUACGUAGAUUUGCUCAUAAAAACGUUAGCAAGCCAGUUGAACAGUCAUCGUUUUAUUCGAGACAACGUUUCAGUGUUGGCAGUAUCUUGACUGAAAAUCAGGGAUGAAGACACGGUCCCACUCGCCACCCAUUCACGUCCAUGUCCCCGAAUCCACGGCCGUCCAUGUUCACCUGAAGAGGGGUCAAAGCUGCACUGCCUCCCAGUCGCAUCAGAAUGACCCGCCAAAGGGGAUUCUCCGGACCACUGCUAAGGUGAGGGCCAGGGUGCCCUGGAUACCGCCUGGGAAGAACACCGCCCCUCGGGAUCACUACCAGUGGGAGGGGUCUUCCCACUGUUUGGAGAUCACUCCUGUUCCCCAGUCCGACUCCGGCUCUCCUCCUCUGAGGUUAGCUGACCUGUCCAAAGAUGAGUUGGAGGGGAUAUAUGACCACAGGGCUGACUUGCUCAUGUCAGAGGUGGAUCCAGCGAUGAGAAAGGUGAAUCUGCAGGAGAAGAGGCAGCUCCUAGAGCGUCAGUCUGAGCAUCUGGACGCCUGCCAUCGAUUGAUUGGCGUGCGAGAGGAGCAGCUGGCCGAGGCCAGUAAGGAGCUGGAGGAGUCCAGGAGAGCAAACACAGACCUGAGGCACUCGCUGGGGCAGAUGCAGGAGGACGCAGAGCCCAGCAGGGCGCAGGAUGGAGCUGGGCAGAGUGACGUAGACAUUCUGCUCAGGAAACUGGUGGAGGCCGAGAUCGAUGGGGAGGCGGCAGCCAAGCAGGUGGCAGCUCUACGUGAUCUGAUUGGUCAGCUGAAGAAGGAGAAGAAGUUGUCCAGGCCAGACGCAGCCCUGCUGGGACGGCAGCAUGAGGGGCUGGUCAAGAAGCUGGAGGCGUUUGAGAACACCAACCGCGCCCUCCGACAACUCCUACGGGAUCAGCAUGGCCGAGAGACGGAUGCGAUGCGGGUGAUAGACGAGAAGGAGGGACUACUGAAGAGGCUGGCUGAAUCUGAAGCUGAGAAAACGCGACUGGAGGUUCAACUCAAUACCAAAAUGAGAGAGGCCAAUCAAAUAACAGAAAAGCUGGACGGGGAAAAGGACAUUGCAAAAAGCUCUAGAUAUUUGUCCAAGGCUCUGGAGACGACUCAUGGACACCUGCAGAAACAGCUACGCAAGAAAGAGGCAGAGAACGACCAUCUGGGAGCACAGAUUGAGGGGAUGGAGGGCGCCCUGCAGCAGCAGCGGGAGGAGAUGCAGGCCCUCCAGGAGCAGAUCCGGGAGCUACAGCAGCACCGUGACGUGGACCAGGAGGCGCUGCGGCAGACCGGCCAAUCACAGAAGCAGCGGGCAGAGCAGAGCGAGAGCCACGCCUCUCAGCUCUCCGCAGAGCUACUGGAGAAGGAGGCCCAGCUGACCGACGCCCUGUCCAGCGCGGAGAAGCUGCGGUCGCGCCACGCCAGAGAGACCAGAGAGAAGAAAAAGCACGACCUGGAGCUCAUCGCUGUCAAGAACCGUGUGACUGAGCUGACUGAGGAACUACAGACUGCAGGAGAUAAGAGCCGUGUGGAAAAGGAGGGCCUGUUGGAUCGUCUCCAUCGCCUGACCUCAGAAGCCUCCUCCACCCGCCUGGAGAACCAGAGACUCAAGACCAUCCUCUCUGGGACCGAGGAGAGGCUGAGCGUGUCACAGUCGGAGCUUCAACAGCUGAAGAGCACCGUCAAGGACUUUGAGAACCUGGUGGACGCCUACAAAACACAGGUGCAGAAGACUCGUCAGGAGUCGGAGGAGUACCAGGCAAAGAUGGUGGAGUCUCAGUGUGAGGUACGGGGGUUGCGGGCGGAGUGCGAGCAGGAGGUGGAGCAGGUGCAGAGGCACGUGAGGGAGCUGGAGCCCCUCGGGGAGGCGCUGAGGAGGGCGGAGGAGCAGCUGAAAGAGGCCAGGGAGCAGGAGGAGAACCACCGCAGGAGGAUCACAGAACAGAGCGAGGCCCUAAGGGAGAUGAGACUCAAGGCGGAGCAGCAGGACACUCACACAGAGACGCUCGAGGAGAAGAUCCUCUUACUGCUGGAGGAGAACAAACACCUGAGACGCUCAGUGGGCACCACGGAGAGGCAGCUGGAGGAGGCUAACACCCAGAACAGAGAGCUGCUGGAGACGCUGGCCAAGCGGGAGGAGAGGACGAGGAGCUCACAGCUGCGUCUGGACGACAAAACCAGGGAGAAUGAGCUCCUCUCCAGACAGCUGAAGGAGGCGCGGGGGGUGGCGCAGAGACAAGUUGACCAGAGCCUGGAGCGAGCGCUGACCAAAGAGAGGACGGUGCAGGCUAAAGCGCUGGAUCUGGAGACUCAGCUGAACCUGGCCAAGGCUGAGAUGCACCAGCUACGACGCUGCAAAGACGAGACGGAGCACCGUAAUCAGAGCCGUCUGGAGGAGCUGAAGAAGAAGCUGGAGCAGUCGGACAGCACCAACCGCAGCCUGCAGAGCUACGUCCACUACCUCAAGGCCUCCUACACCAACGUGUUUGGAGACCCCUUCCCCACCAGCACAGCACACACACACAUGUGACGCCCACCGCUACGGAGACAACAUUAGGAUUAUAGUAGAUAUUAUGGACUACAGAAAUAAAAAGAUUACUGUUUUUAAUGA